AUGGCUCGACCAAAAGGCAGUUCGGGCCCUAACGAAGGUGGUAAAAAGGUUAGAACGCUUGACUCCUUCAAUGGCGUGAAAGUUAGCUCUGUGAACCGCUCCGCCGCAGCAUUGGCGGUGCUGAAUUCUGAGAUAGCCAGUACAAGAACAAGGCCCCGCAGGAGUGCCUCUCAAAAGGCGUCGCAGUCGCUCGCGGAAAUGAUUGAUCCCCACGUCGGUUCGCUAGACGAUGACGAGGAUUUCGAGCCUCCAGGGGAACAGGGGGACGUUGAGGGCGCGGAGGCCGAAGAAGAAUACGAAGAACGAGAUGAUUUGGAGGAUGACGAACUGGAUAACCCGAUAGAAAAACCGAGUACUCGCGCAAAAAAGACGAAGUCAACAUCAGCGGCUGCUGGGGUGCCCAAACCAAGAGCAACGGGAGCGAAGCGCGGGCGAAAACCCAAAAAAGCAGCAUCAGUUAAUGAAGAGAUAAAGGCUCUCACGCCAACUUCUAAACUCGACAAUAAGCACAGAAUCAUACGCGGCCUGAAAGAUCUCACAUCUGCUAGAGACAAGAUUGAGCGAAUAUAUGGGUUAAAUGAACAGAAGUUGCUAGGUCUUGCGAAAGUUAAAGAAGGCUUUGAGGCCGGCCCUUUUGACUUCGAUCUACAAACCAUACAGGAGGACUCCAAGUACUUCGUUGAUUCCUCCCCACCAUGGAGCAAAGAGAAUAUUGCACAUGCCAUCCGUCUGAAAAAAGCUAAGUUCGAUUUAAUGGAAGAGUCUGACUUGAACUAUCUGUUUCCAGUCAGGCAAUCGGAGUUACGCCUGAUCAUUGGGGACCUGGACACUGCAAUAGCCACCGGCCAAAAAGUUGAGUUUCCUGUACUGCCGUGUGGGAAACGCAAGGGUUUCAUCUAUAGUACUGGCGCACUUGUCACUGACAUUGCAUGGCUCCCUCGCGACCUAAAUGGAGAGCUGUUUCUCGCUGUCUCCAUGUCGAAAUACUUCGACGACCCCGCUGAUCCUCACCUGCGACUGUUUUCCAAGGAAGAGCAUAUCUCAUGUGUGACUAUAUUCCGUUUGGACCCCAACACUCUCUCGUUCGAAAAAUACCAAACUAUUGUUCAUCAAUUUGGGGAAACAUGGGGGCUGAAAUGGCAUGAGGCUUACCAAGACGACCAAUCCCUGGGGCUUUUGGCAGCGUGCUGUCAGGAUGGUACUGUCAAGUUCAUCAAAGUCAACCUUGUACAGAACUACGAAAUUAUAAUGCUUCAAGAAGCCUCAUUGGAGAUAUCUAUACCACAGGGGCUUAUUUCAUGUUUCGACUUCACAUCCUCUUUAAGCAUAAUCUGCGGAUUCCAAAACGGCUAUGUUGCCGAGUUCGAGCUAGGAUCGAAUCUGCCUUCUUUUUACUACAAGGUCCACGACUCGUACAUCAUCUCCAUCGUCACAGCUUAUUCUCAGUAUGAGGAUAUUAUAAUUAACACAAUUUCAGUGGACGGGUUUACGUGCGCAUUCAAUCCAAAGAGCAUACGUACUACGAAAAGCAUUGUUGGGCGCGCGCGCGGAGGCAACAACACUCCCGCAGUGUACUGCCCUCAAUUGUACUGCGUUGCUUAUUCUGACGGGGUAAACUCUGUGAAGGCUUAUCCGCCCAGAGCAGUUUUUGCAACUCAUCAAAUUUGCAUGCAUGAUAACACUGUAAGCUCCCUUGCAGCAUCGAAGCGCCACCCAUACCUUCUAUCUGGUUCUGCAGACGGGGCAUUGAUGAUUAACAAUAUGGCAAGGCGGUUUCUUACUGGAAUCAAGAAUAAUACUACAGUUUACAAGUAUCUAAAGUUGUGGCAAUGGGACUAUAGCUUGAAGGAGGACAAGUACCGUCUGGAUCCUAACUACGAAGUCUACAAUUUCAGCGUCAACGAGGUCUCCAAGGCAAAAGUCGAUCCUCAUGGCAUUAAUAUAUCAUCUGUCAAGUGGAAUGAAACUACAAAAUUUGGAAAGUUCUUCGCUUUUGUAAACAAUGCGGGAAUGAUGGUGGUGGAGGAACUGGGCUCUGAACAACAAAAUUAA